CACUUUUGAAGAGCAAAUGCUCGAUGUCGGGGUAGAUUUGCUUGGCAAUGGACAGCUCUUGAAAAAGGUCCUGAGAGAAGGACAUGGAGAGGUGCCGAAGGUGGGUGAACGUGUGAAGGUCCAUUAUGUCUGCCGCGCCUGCGACGAGCUCCUGGACGACUCCCGAGGCCGUGGAGAGCCCAUGUGCUUUGCUCUUGGCCAAGGUGAGGUGAUUGCAGCUUGGGAGUCUGCCCUUCCAUCCAUGAGAUGUGGGGAACUGGCCACACUGCUGGUACACCCCGAAAUGGCCUAUGGGGAAGCUGAAAUUGCAAACAUUCCACAUGGGAGCUCACUACACUAUGAGUUGGAGCUCUUGGAGAUUUCCCCGCAGGUCUCCCUCGCGAAAGAGGACCUGUCCCCAGAGGAGCGACUUCUGGGAGCCAGCAAGGCCAAAGAGGAGGGCAACCUUCGCUUUAAGGUUGGCCACUUCAAAGACGCCAGCGGUGCGUACCUGGAGGCCUUAUACCUUCUGGGCCACGAGGCGUCCUCCGACUCACGUGCCGAAGAGGGGCUUUGGUCGGACGUGCUGCGCGCCGCCGAGCGGCGGAGCCUGGCCCUCGCUUGCCAGCUGAAUCUUUGCCAAUCCUUGUUGAAGUUGGAGGAGUAUCAGGCCGCGAUGCAAUACGCCGAUGCUGCACUCGAACUUCAUGCUGGACAUUCGAAGGCGCUCUACCGGCGGGGCUUGGCCGCGAUGGGCCUGGGACACUGGGCUUCGGCCAAAGCGGACCUGUUGGCCGCGGCGAAGAAAGAGCUCAGGAGCGGUGAGAUUCGGCGAAGUCUGGAAGAGUGUCAAGAGCGCAUGGCCCGCGAGAAGAGCGACGCCCGAGAUGCCUAUGGCGGCUUCUUGGCGCGUGACCCACUAGACCGGUCCACAAGGCCACCAGCUCCACAGCCAGCGGAGUGAGCCAAAAUCGCGC